UCCUUUCAUCUUCUUCUUCACUAAGUUCUCAAACUGCUCAACUAGGCCAGUGUUUUUCUGUUAACGGUUGCUUCUUAAUCAAAAUUCACAUAUACAAUAAAAAUCCCCACCUACCCAUCUUCUUAAAUCUCCAAUUUUCUCUCUUUUUUAUCCAAAUCCAAGCUACAAUUUAAUUUACAGCAUAAAGCUCCAAUCUUUAGCUCAAAUGAUCCCUAAAGUUUCAAUCUUUAGAACAAUGAAGAAGCAAAAAACAAUUCAAGAAUCCAAUUUCAACAACCCCUUUGAUCUUCUAUCUGAAGAAAUUGUAUUUUCAGUUCUUGAUUUUGUCAACAAUCCAAUUGACAAAAAAUCAUUUUCUCUUGUUUGCAAAUCUUUUUAUGCUAUUGAAUCUCAUCAUAGGAAAAUCUUGAAACCCUUUAGGUCAGAACACUUAACAAAGAUACUUAGUAGAUAUCCACAAGUUACCAAUCUUGAUCUUUCACUUUGUCCUAGAAUUACAGACAGUUCACUCACAGUUGUGGCUAGUUUUUGCAAGGAAAUGUUGAGGUCAAUUAAUCUUUCAAGGUCUAAGUUUUUUACACAUGUGGGGUUGUCUAGUUUGGUGAUGAAUUGUGUGAAUUUGGUUGAAAUUGAUUUGUCAAAUGCUACUGAGUUGAAAGAUGUUGGUGCUGCUGCAUUAGCUGAGGCUAAGAAUUUGGAGAGGUUGUGGUUGGUUAGGUGUAAGUCUAUAACUGAUAUUGGACUUGGUUGUAUUGCUGUUGGAUGUAGGAAGUUAAGGUUGCUUAGUUUGAGAUGGUGUUUAGGUGUUGGUGAUCUUGGUGUUGGUUUGAUUGCUGUUAAGUGUAAGGAGAUUCGCACGCUGGAUCUUUCUUACUUGCCGAUCACUAAUGAAUGCUUAUCAUCAAUCUCGAAACUGCAAUAUCUUGAAGAUUUGGUUCUAGAAGGUUGUUAUGGAAUUGAUGAUGACAGCCUUGCAUCCCUCGAGCAAGGCUGCAAGUCACUGGAGACACUUGAUAUGUCGAGCUGUCAGAAUGUUAGUCAUGUGGGUUUGUCAUCUCUCACCAGCUGCGCGGGAUGUCUGCGGCAACUCAUAUUAGCAUAUGGUUCUCCUGUAACGCCAGCUGUCGCAGAUAGCUUGCAGAAGCUUUCCAGGUUGCAGUCCGUUAAAUUAGAUGGUUGCCAAGUUACCUGCUCUGGACUAAAAGCUAUUGGAAAUUGGUGUGUUUCACUUAAAGAACUGAGCUUAAGCAAAUGUUUAGGAGUGACAGAUGAAGGUCUUUGCUCCCUCGUAACAAAGCACAAAGACUUAAGGAAGCUUGAUAUUACUUGUUGUCGCAAGAUAACUCACGUAUCGAUUUCCCAUAUAACGAAUUCCUGUGCGUCCCUUACUUCUCUGAGGAUGGAGUCUUGUACUCUAGUCCCGAUAGAAGCUUUUGUUCUAAUUGGACAGCGAUGCCAGUACCUUGAAGAGCUUGACCUUACAGACAACGAAAUUGAUGAUGAAGGCAUGAAGUCCAUUUCCAAGUGUGUCAGCCUUUCCAGCUUAAAGCUGGGGAUCUGUCUGAACAUAACCGACCAGGGUCUUAUCCACAUUGGCAUGUUCUGUUCAAAUCUUAAGGAGCUUGACUUAUAUAGGUGUGCUGGAAUUUCUGACUUGGGAAUAUUAGCAAUUGCUCGCGGUUGUACUGGCCUUGAAAUGAUCAAUAUUGCCUAUUGCAACCGUAUUACCGAUGGCUCGUUCAUAUCCUUAUCCAAGUGUUCAAAGUUGAAUACACUUGAAAGUCGAGGUUGUCCUCUUGUCACAUCUUUAGGUCUUGCAGCUGUUGCUGUGGGAUGUAAGCAACUUACCACACUAGAUAUCAAGAAGUGCCAAAGCAUUGAUGAUGCCGGAAUGAUUCCACUUGCUCACUUCUCGCCAAACCUCAAACAGAUAAAUUUAUCCUACACUUCAGUGACAGAUGUGGGGCUGUUGUCUCUUGCCAGCAUCAGCGGUCUGCAGAACAUGACAAUCCUGCACCUGAAAGGUUUAUCUCCUGGUGGACUAGGAGCUGCAUUGCUGGCUUGCGGUGGACUUACUAAAGUUAAGCUGCAGACAUCGUUUAAAUCAUUGCUACCACAACCUCUUCUUCAACAUUUAGAAGUGCGGGGUUGUGUCUUCCAAUGGAGAGAAAAACCAUUUCAGGCUGAAGUAGAUCCAAUAUGCUGGAAGAUUCAGCUGGACAAUUUAGAGUGAAGAUUUGAGGAAUCAGUAGUUUGAGCCAUUUAUGCUAGUGGUCUAUAAUGAAAUGAAUUGUCGUCCCAAAGCUUCCCAGUUCAUCUGUUAAACACUUAAUGAGGCAAGGUGCAUUGUCUAUGGCGCCUGUUUUUUCCCGUUUCGUGGCUGCUACUUUUUCAUCUGUGUUUGCUGGAUACUUUGUAAAUUCCAAGAAUAGAUCAAUUUUGUCACAAACGUCAUGAGAUGGAUUGAACAGAUUGAAAAAUCAUGUUUAUGAACUAUUAAUGACUGCUUUGUGAAUCGUUUAUUACUUUUGAUUACUUGUGGUUUUA